AUGUUCAAGGGCUACUGUCAAACCCUGCUGGACGACCAGCAACUGUUCCAUAAGCUGCAGCAGAAGCAUUUCGACGUCGCCCUCAUAGAUCUCAUGGGCAAUGGGUGUGGGCUGGCUCUGGCGCACAAGCUCGGCGUCCCAGUGGUCGGCUUCUGGGUCAUCAGCUUCACCGGCCCCGAGAGUUUUGUGCUGUCAGCGGUGAACCUGCCGUCAGUGGUGGCCGCCAACCUGUCGGACCUCGGGCCUCACAUGAGCUUCCUGCAGCGCAUCACCAACACGCUGUCGGCGCUGGCCUACGCCAUCGGCUUCUACAUCUCAAAUUACGUCGCCGACCAGUAUAUCAAGGAGGUCCUGCCGAACGGACCAGACGCGCUGACCUUGCUGCGGGCGGUGGACAUCACGCUGGUGAACAACAACUUCCUCUCCACCCAGCCGCUGUUGUUGCCGCCCAACGUGCGGUCAAUCGGCUGCAGCCAGUGCCGCGCCGCCAGACCUCUGUCAAAGGAUCUGGACGAGUUUAUGCGGAGUUCUGGUGAGCACGGUGUGGUGGUGUUCAGUCUGGGCAUCACCAUGUACGACCCUGACGUCAUACCGUCAGAAUUCAUCGAAUCAUUCAUCCGGGUCUUCGGAAAGCUGAAGCAAAAGGUGCUGAUGCGGUACCACCUGAAGUCAACAGCCGACGUGCCCGCUAACGUCCACAUGGUGGACUGGAUGCCACAACGGGACGUACUUGGUCACCCGAACACGCGUCUAUUUGUGAACCACUGCGGGAUCAACAGCGUCAUGGAAGCCAUUUAUAACGGCGUUCCCAUGCUGGGCGUUCCCAUUUUUGGCGAUCAAGGCGAAAACGCCAAGUUCAUGGAGUAUCGCGGCCUGGGUAUCGCGGUGGAGAAGGAAAGCAUGACCGACGAGGCGCUGCUGCGCUCGCUGAAAACGUUGCUGUACAACCAGACGUGA